GUGCCUGCGGGGUGGGCGCUUGUGGGCGUAACCGGCGUAACUAGCCUUGGGCGUAACUCGAAGACCUUCGUAGGAUUUUCUGCAUUGGGCUCGUGAAAAUUGUCUGUAUUAGGCCCUUUUAACGAUUCGUUAGGGAAGGGAGGGCGCCGACACCAUGGCUGACAAGCGGCCGCCGCCGCCGCUACCGCUGGAGAACAAGCUGCUGAAGACGCUGUCGGCGUCCGUGGCGGCCUCCGCGGGCCGGCGCGCCGGCAGCGAUGGCUCGCGGCCGGCGGCGUCCGACCUGCGGCCGCCGCCGCUGGAGAACCGACUCCUGGCGCAGCUGAGCCUGCGCUCCUCGGCGCUCACUGGCGGCGCGUCGUCGGCGCUGCCAUUGCGCAGCUCCGUACUGGCCAAGUACGAGGCCGAACACCGUCCGCCGCCGCCGCCGCCGCCGCACGGGCUCGGGGUGAUGAUGUGUCAGGCCGAGAUGGCACGUGAUUCCGUUGCCUGCGAAGAAGAGGACGAUGACGACAUGGGAAUGGCAUUGUUCGAUGACUGCGAGUCUGUGUCAUUUUCUUCAAGGUCGGUUGAUCCGAUUAUGUAUAAAUCAAGGAGUAGGGCUAGGCCGCGCUUGGCCCGUAUGGAGCCUCGCCGUUUCCCAGGAGCGGGCAACGGGGCGAGCUGGGCCCAGCCAGAGCCACAGUACGACUUCAAAGGCGUCCAGCUGGGAGAGUAUGACGACCGUCCCACGUGGACCACGCCGGGACAGGCGGAGCGGCCCGACCAGGAGCUCCUGCGUACCACAAAGCUGGACUUUCUGACGGCCGUGUGCGUCUCGCUGGUGAGCCAGCCCGACUUUAAGCAGCGCGAGGACCCGCUGAGGCAGCGGCUGCUGCAGCAGGCUGGCCGGCUGGCCGAGCUCGAGCCCGAGUUCCUGCUCAAGGUUGCGCUGUACGCCCGCCAAGAACUGAUGCUGCGCACAACAGCCAACUUCCUGCUGUCCCUGGCGGCCUUUGUCGAGCCGUGCCGCCCCUACCUGCGCAAAUACUUCUGUGCCACCAUCCGACUACCCACUGACUGGAUCGAGGUGGCCGAGAUAUACCAGACAUUCGACGACUCCAAGAUUAACUUUGGCUCGCUGCCGAACGCUCUCCGCAAGGUCAUGACGGACAAGUUUGGCGAAUUUGACAACUACCAGCUGGCCAAGUACAACAAGGGAGGUGGCAAGAAGAAGCGCAAAAAGAAGACCAAAGGGCAACGGUGGAACGCCCGACUCGAGAAGUGGCGCAAGGAAGCCGAAGGGAGCGACAUGGAGACGGACGACGAGAAAGACGACGACGAAGACGAGAACGGAGACAAGAAGGAAGCCGAGAACGGAGACAAGAAGGAAGCUGAGAACGGAGGCGGAGGCGGAGGCGAGGACGGCGUGGUGCCGGACCCGGACGCGGAGACGGACGAGCAGCUGCGGCGGCGCUCCUUCACCAUCAAGAAGCUGGUGCGCCUACUGCACGUCCGCAGGCCGGUCGAGCCCGUCAUGGCCAUCGUCGGCAAAAAGUACCCGGCCGACCCGGACGCGUUCCGACGCAGCGGCCUGCCGGGCACGUUCGACUCGUCCCGCUCUGGCCAGAGGAUGCGUCUGCCGGUGCCGGAGACGUGGGAGACUCAGGUGGCACAGCGCGGCAACAAGGCCGAGGUGUGGCAGCAGCUGAUCGACAACAAGAAGCUGCCCUACAUGGCCAUGCUGCGCAACCUGCGUAACCUUAUCCUGGCCAAGAUCGGAGCCGCCCACCACGACAAGGUGAUCAGCACACUCACCAACGAGAACGCGGUACUCAACAGCAAACAGAUGGUAUUCAGGUACCUGUCGGCGUACGCGGCGCUGGACGAGCUGGAGGUGCUGAUCACCGACUCCCUGGCUGAACAAGAGGCCGCCCGCGCAUCUGAGCAGGGUGAAACUCCGGCCGAGCGCGGACAGGCGCGUCGCAGGGGCGCACCCAAGAAGCCCGCCCCACAGCGCUUCUCCAAGGAGUACUGGAUUGCCCGCAAGAAGCGCGUGAUAUCCGCCAAGCAGCAGAAGUCCAAGUACGACCUGGAGGUGGUUCGCCGGUACCGUCUGGCACUGGACCGAGCUGUGGCCAUCGCCACCAUCCACAACGUGGCGCCCAUCUCCGGGCGCACGCUCAUCUUCUGUGACGUGUCGGAGAGGAUGGACCACGUCUGCGCCUCGGCCAAGGGCAUGGGCAAACCGAAAACGGCGCGCACGAUGGCGCUGCUGCUGGCGCUCAUGUGUCAGCGCUCCUCGGAGCACUGCGAGCUGGCGGUGUUCGGUCAAGGAGCUCCGUACCUCCUCCCGCGCCAGAGGAACGUCAACCUGCUCAAACAGGCAGCUGAUGAGGAGACUGCGGUGGACCUACAGCGGCGUCGUGGCUUCGAGCGCAGCGCCGCCGCCGACUGGGGAGAUGCUGCUUCUGAGGAGUCAUGCUCUGAGGACAUGUCGGCCGAUUCUUCAUCCGACCCGGAGUGCGAGUCCAACUCUCCACAGCAGAAGAGCGGCAAGCCGAAGAGCGUUCUGAUGCCAGGCUAUACACCUGCUCAGCUGUCUGAGGGUGUGGCUGCUGUGGAGUCCGCACUCGACUUCUGCCUCCACGAACGCCAAUGGGUGAGUACCAGCCGCUGUUUCGGACACCGCGAGACGGGCAGACAGCCGACAGUUGAGGAUCACAGUGGACGUCGGGUGGCGCCGGUCGGGGCUCUUUGGUACGGCACUGGCCGCGCUCGGUCCUGGCACGCCUUGGUGUCCUGA